ACCGACCCAAGCAAAACGAAAUCGACUAUCCCAAUGCAUUCUUUACGAAAGAAACUCAACGCAAAACCAGAGGUAGCAGCUUUCUGUAACGCCUGUGUCAUCAUGACCUCAACCCCAACUGGAUGGGAAGCGUUGACAUCUCAAAAUGGGUUCAAGCAUCAUAAUCGCCAUGAAUUAGUGUGUGCUGCGCGGUCUGGCUGCCCUCUGUGCUACUGGAUAUUUCACUGCUUUCGUGGAGUAUGGAAGUACGGUGUUCAGGGACACUUAUACUUAUCUGCGAUCUCUUGCGUUCAGCGACCUAUAUCAGUUCGCUACGGCGUGGCUGAAAGGCCAAGAGAUGCAGAUUCCAUACCUGCGCAUUUUGAGAACAGUAUCUCAGCUCUUAAAGCGACUCUCGAAUUCGAUCCGCCGAUGGUCAACCAGGUUGAAGAGUUGUACAGAGAACAAGUGACUUUCCUUAUUGAGGACUCGCCAUUGUUUUUUCAAAAUGAAUCCGAAUUCAAUGCGUUUUAUGCCCGAGAACAGGUCCGUGUCUGCCGAUCAAUCACGAAAACUCUCACGGACAAAAUCAGCCAGACCAUAAGAUACUGCCCUCAGCAUUUACACUGUCCGGACUAUAAGCAACCUAAACUUCCCUCCCGAGUUGUCGAUAUUGGAUCGAAUCCCCUACGCUUGCACGUCAGUGAAAAGCACGAACGAGGAGAUUAUAUAGCGCUUAGCUAUUGCUGGGGCAUUCAUCAAGAAUUUAUCACAACUGCAUCUUCUCUAGAUAGCAGAUGUGAAGGAUUUAAGAUUGAAGACCUGCCAUUGACUCUACAAGAUGCUGUACUACUUGCGAGAAACUUACGAUUCAAGUUCUUGUGGGUAGACGCGCUGUGCAUCGUUCAAGAUGACACCAGGGAUAAGGCCAUAGAGAUCGCUGCUAUGGGACAAGUCUACAAAAGUGCAACCGUCACAAUCUCUGCCGCGAACUCUGCCUGCGCUCAAGAUGGCUUUCUGAUGAGCAUGAUUGCGGAACAGUCAUUCCUUCUACCCACUCGGGCAGCCGGCUUUGGAAUUUUGAAAGUAGGUUUGCCUCAGUCUCGAGGUUUCCAAGAGGCAGAACCGCUUGAGACUCGGGCAUGGGCAUUACAAGAGUCAUUACUAUCGCCCCGUGUUUUAGUCUUUAAUACGAAUGAGCUCCUGUGGCACUGCCAAACCAUGCCAAUGAAUUACUGGGGUGGGAGGUCAGAACAGAAUCACGCCGACCGACUGCCUUGUAACAUAUUCGGAGCUACGGAUACAAAUAUAGCCGACUCUAGAGAUCGAAAUUCUAGGAUAUGGAUCGAUAUCGUCGAAGAAUUCACCAAGCGUUCUUUGACAAUACCUGGAGAUCGCCUAUCAGCCAUAGAAGGUGUUGCGAGCGAAUUAUCAAGAAUUUGGAACGACGAAUACUUUGUGGGACUGUGGAGAAAAGGGUUACCCCGCCUCCUAUCGUGGAAACGCGAAUAUGAUGCAAAUAUGGAUGAUGCUCCAGAAUUAUCAAACUUAUUUCCAUCAUGGUCAUGGGCUUCAGUCAAUGGAAGCAUAACUUUCUGCGUGAUGGAACACAUAUCAGCAACUCUUGUGGGUAUCUCCAAGGAAACAUCGCUAUCGGAGAAACUGUUCGCGUCUUUGGUAAUAAGAGCAAGAUUAUGGAACUCUCAACAGCUCACCACUCUUGUUGAUCCGGACGAAAUGCACGAAUAUUUGGAUACUCUACCAUGGAGACAUACAGAUGACUCCUAUUACAUGGUAAUCGGAUAUUCAAGCUUAUGGCCAAGCCCUGUACAUGAAGUUGUUGGGGUACGCUUGCAUAAAAGUACAGAAGACCAAUUCAAAAGAUGUGGUGCUUGGCGCGGGCUUUCGAAGAUGGACAUAUCAAUUUUGAAGGAGGAGCAAGACAUAUUUACUAUCAAUUAA